AUGUGCAUUAAAACGUCACCACAAUGCCGGCGAAUCGCGCGCUUUUGCGGCCAAUCCCACGCUUACUUUAGGAACGCACUGACCACGCGCAACCCCACCCAUCGCGCCGUGACAAAUGCAACUUUUACUUCCGGCUGCGUACACGGCCAUCGCGCUUGGCUUUCAUCGAAUCCGUUUGUGCUCUGGUGGUGUUCACGCAACAUUCAAGUGCUGAUCUUAGCAACAUCUCUCCACGUUCCUGCUCCUACGACUGUCAUCUGCGCUCCGCAGUUCUAUAUCAUCCGAGGGAUCUCUUUUGUUUGUCGUAUGUCCAUCCAGAAUCUCAACACAUUCGACCCCUUUGCAGAUGCAAUCAAGGGUUCAGACGAUGACGUACAGGACGGCCUCGUUCAUAUAAGGAUCCAGCAGCGGAAUGGUCGCAAAACCUUAACAACGGUGCAAGGACUUUCCUCGGAAUAUGACUUGAAGAAAAUCGUGAGAGCAUGUAAAAAGGAGUUUGCCUGCAAUGGGACAGUAAUAGAGCACCCGGAGUACGGGGAGGUGCUGCAGCUGCAGGGGGACCAACGAGAGAAUAUAUGCCAGUGGCUAACAAAGUCGGGUCUGGCAAAACCUGACCAGCUCAAAGUCCAUGGUUUUUAAUCAAUUAACAACAACAGCAACAAUUACCAUCCAUGCCACAACCCACAACAACAGCAGACAGCUCCAUCCCUCGUCAGCUCUACAUGAUCAUCUCAAAUUGAAUCUGUAUAUCAUUCACUAAACUUCUCGUGGGAUAUCCCGAUUAUACUAUCACGUCAUCAUUAUAAAUACAUAUAUAUAUGUAUAUACAUACAUAUAUGUAUAUAUAUACACAACACGCGCGCAUAUAUAUUUCAAUAAUAAAAAGAGGAAGUAAGAAAACGAAAUAGAGAAGGAAAUAAACAAUAGAGGAAUAAAAGGCGAAUAAAAGAAAGAAGGAAGAGAUAUAGCGAAAGAAAGGGAAGAUAUAUAGGCAUAUAACCAGCGUAUACCUAUAGGCAAUAUAUCUAUUCUAAUCAGAAUCUUUUCUUGAGAUAAAAAGCAAUACGUCACACUGUAAGCCUUAUGUUAGGUGAUAGCGGCUGUUGAGGUAGGGAUUGCCCUGUCUUACAGCAGUGGAUAGUACACAUCUGAUUUUGAUAAACAUCGUGGAAGAGAAGCGGGAGGAGAAGCAUAGAUGAACGAGCGAUAAUUAGCAGCGCCGGAUGGAUGUUCGUUCUUGCAUUAGGUAGUAUGUAUCUGGGCGCGAUAGACGUGUUUCGAGAAGGCAGUAAAAUUGUAGGUUGAUUGACUCGGGCUCUCUUCCUCUCCUCGCGUCCAUCACAUUCUCUGCGAUCCUUCGUAGGAACGAUAUAAGAUUUUUCUUUUUCUUCUAUUUUUUAAUGUUUUUUUUACGUUUGUAAUUGAAAAUUGAGAGAGAGAGAGAGAGAGAGAGCGCUUUCCGCUCUUGUGUCCUUUUGUGAUGAUUUGUUGAAUAUUUGUAGGGCCGAUUUUGAUUCUUCCUUUCGCGUAAAGGACACCCCUCCUUCGCCCCGUAUCAUAUCUUCACUCUUGCUUUCCAUCCCCUUUUAAGGCAGUAAUUAAAUGACGAAUUGUUUUGAAAUAAUAAUAAUGAGAGUUAAUAAAAUGUGGCUGUUCUAGAUAAAUAAA